GCCCGGAUGGGCUUGGACGAGCUUUCAGGCUGGACUGGGCUCAUCAAACCAAAGAAGCGAACCUCACAAGUCAUAACUAACAGUGAAGGAGUAAUGUCUCAGAAUAAAGCCAAGAGGGGGCCGUCGUUGAUUUCCGAAGGAGCUCCUGCUGCUGCUUUUGAGAGAGAGAGAGAGAGAGACUGCGGUCGGAAGAGGAGGAUGAAUCAAAACACCCCUUCAGGUGAAGGCAGGCACGACAAUGAUUCUGCUCUGUCUGACUUCCUUGCUUCUCUCAUGGAUUACACCCCCACUAUCCCAGAUGAACUAGUGGAGCAUUACAUCGCCAAGAGUGGUUUCCAGUGCCCCGACGUGCGACUAAUAAGAUUGGUAGCUAUUGCUACACAAAAGUUUAUUUCAGAGGUUGCAACUGAUGCUCUUCGGCAGUGCAAAGCAAGACAGGUAGUGGCAGUCAAGGAUAAGAAAGAGAAGCAGCAAAAGGAUAAGCGCCUGAUCUUGACAAUGGAGGAUUUAUCCAAAGCACUUCGUGAGUAUGGUGUGAAUAUGAAACACCAAGAAUACUUCACAGAUAGCCCUUCAACUGGAAUGGAUCCUGCUUCAAGGGAAGAAUGAUUUAAAUUUGUUCUACUACUUAAGGUCAAGCACGGUUUGUGUUUCUUCUUGUCAUUUGUCUUUAAACUUAAGCCAGAGUGUUUGAAGUUACAGGGAAAGUUUUUAUUGGUAAUUUGUACAUUUUUGUGCCAUCUUUAAUGGAACACAAUUUUUGUUCUCA